AUGGAGGGCGAGGAGCUGGGGGAGGAGGAGGAGUACCCCGCUGAGGAGGAGGAGGAGGGCGAGGAAGAGGAGGAGGAAGCAGAAGAGGUGCCCGCCCCGCGCCCGCUGACGGAGGAGGACCUCAAGGAGGGUCUGUCUCUCCUCUCCAAGACCAGCAACGGCCUGGCUCAUGCCUACGUGAAGUUCGAAGCCAAACACAAGGACUUAACAGACAUCAGGCUCCUCGAAUGCUUCAUUCAUCUGCGGUACGUGGAUUUGUCAGAGAACAAGCUGCAGGAUUUGUCCCCACUGAGCGGCCUGACUCACCUGGUUUCGCUGAAGGUGGACAGGAAUCUGCUCACCAGCGCCUGCAUGCAGGAGCUGCCCUACCUCCAGAUCAUCAGCUUUGCUCACAACAGCAUCAAGGAUGUGGAGGGUAUUACUCAUCCCCUCUUAGCCAACCUCAGCCUGAAAGGAAAUAAAAUCCAGACAGCGCUGGGCAUGAGACACGGCCAGUUGUUCAGCCUGCAAAUCCUGGAGCUGCGAGGAAACAAGCUAGAGAGCACAGCAGGGCUCAAUCUUCCCAGACUCAAGAACCUCUACCUGGCCCAGAAUGACAUUCGGAGCCUUGAAGGUCUUGAGGGGCUAGGACAGCUGACAACUCUGCACCUGCGUGACAACCAGCUUGAGAUCCUCGAUGGGUUCUGCAGUAGCAUGAAGUGCCUGCGGUACCUCAACCUACGGAACAACGGGAUCAGCAGCCUUCAGGAGGUGGCAAAACUGCAGGUCCUUCCCAUGCUGCAGGUGCUGGUGCUGUUGGACAAUCCGUGCGCUGAUGAACCCGAUUACCGGCUGGAGGUCCUGGUCCUGCUGCCACACCUGCAACGCCUCGACAAGGAAUUAUUUGAGCAAGACGAACGGGCAGAGGCGAACCAAAUCCGUCAGAAAAGACAGGAAGAAGAAAAG